AUGUCUGAGCUGGCAUCCGUGAAGACAGCUAGCAAUGGCACGCCGCCUCCUGACGACCAGGAACAGGAGCUCGAGGCAUAUCUUCAGCCUUUGCAGAUGAACGAUGCCCAAGUCCACUCACUGGCAUGGGAAUUCUCCAAGGUUUAUCGACAACUUGCGCUGAACUCGGACGAGCAAUUCCUGCCAACGCCAGUCACAAAGCUGCCAUCUGGAAACGAGACUGGUUCCUUUCUUGCGAUUGACGUGGGAGGCACGAAUCUACGGGUAGCUUACAUCCAACUACUCGGCGACGGUGAACAUGACGAGCAGGCGCCGCCCACGAAUGGAGGGGAAAGGUCACGUGAUCCGAUCAGAGAUGCUCAACGACCCAGAGUGAGGCGAACACUUGAGAAGGCUUGGCCGAUUGGUGAGCAUCUUAAGAUGGACAAGACCGAGGAUCUGUUCGCGUGGAUUGGGGACUGUAUAGCAGAGGUUGUCAGUGAUCGGCUCAACGCCGACAUGGGGAGAGUGGAGCCACCAGAGGAGCUGACUAUGGGCGUCACGUUCAGUUUCCCCAUGAUGCAAGAUGACCUGGCUUCAGCCACCUUGAUGCCGAUGGGCAAAGGAUUCACAAUGAACUCAGAUCUGGACCUUGGCCCUACCUUACUACAAGUUGCAACCCUCACCUCUCUCGCAUAUAGCGUCAAGUCCUUACCAAACUCUAGGGUAGCAGCUGGCAUAAUUGUGGGCACCGGUGUGAACGCAACAAUUCCCAUGAAGUUCUCGGACCUUGGGGCUGAGAAAGUCGCUAAGAUACAGAAAGUCGCGCCAGAUGCAAAGGAGACAGUGGUUAAUACCGAAAUCACCAUCUCAGGCGCAUGUGGGCCACUAGCAGAAGUGACAACAGACUGGGAUCGUCAAUUAGAUGCCGCGUGUGCUCGGCCGGGCUUUCAACCACUGGAAUAUAUGACUGGUGGACGAUAUAUCGGCGAGUUGAUCAGGAUCGUUUUCUUCGACUACAUGACCAAAGCACACAAGCCACGUCUGGAUCCGGCCCAGCUACCGGCAACCAUUGUACACAGCUACAGCUUCACCACCACCUUUGUCAGUGCAGUAGUAGCCCGUGCAAGGACCGACUCCGAGCUUGCAGGUGAGCUCAAGAGACGAAUACCUCCACCAGAGUCGUCGAACUGGGGCUGGACUCCACACGCUGCGGGAGCUUUACGCAAGAUCGCUCAUCUGGUCCAGGUCAGAUCCGCCGGACUCAUUGCUGCGGCGACAGUCGGUCUGCUCAAGGCAACGAACGAGAUCGCGCUUGCGGAACCAGUGAAAGGUCAGGAGGAUGUACCAAUGGAGACAGAUAGCAAGCCUCCGUCGCCAAAGGCAAAAGGCAAAGCUCUGUCGGCUCUGGACCGGAAUACACGAGAUGGCCUGUCGCCAGCGCCAGGCACUACAGCUUGGAAGGCAGGUCCUGAAGAGAUUGUGAUAGCAUAUACUGGAGGCAUCAUUCAGCAUUAUCCCAAUUUCAAGGAGCAGACUCAGCGGUUCAUAGACAGAUUAGUCAUGCGGGCGGGCGUUCAAGAUGGCGGCAAGAGCGUCUUCCUCAGGGAGGCCCGAGAUGGCGGUAUAAUUGGGGCCGGUGUCCUCGCAGGCAUGCAGGCGACGAAAUCGAUGGGUUGA